AUGUGGUUUGAGGCAGAGCAAUAUAUCAGUGCUCUGACCUUGAUUCUUGAUCAUACCUCCAAUACUGAUCAGACCAAAGACUCGGACAUUUCAUCACUGAAUUGGGAAGAAUACCGAAAAGGAAAAGGGAAAGGAAGAGGAAGAGGAAGAAGAAGAGGAAAGGGAAAGGGAGAGGAAAAAGAAACAGAAACCCCCACGGAAGCAGACCAGACUUAUCAGGAGAAAGAAAUCGAUGCCGUAAAAACCUUGGUAACUUUGUCAAAAACAAUCUCCAACAUGCCGACUGCACCUUACGACAACAAGAAGGAACCCAAUCAACUUACAACCGAUAAGACGGCACAUGAGACAUCUGAUCAUGGGAAUAAGUUGCCAAUAGAAAUUUGGAUUAAAAUCUGGGAAAUCGUCGCCAAUGACAAUCCAAGAAACCUUGACAUCUGGACUUGGAGUGAAGGACCUAAAACAUUAUGGGAGAAUGAGAAAAAGCGAAUAAUCUACGGCCCUCAAGAUUAUUCCACUCGAGUUCGAUGGAAUCCAUUCAAAUUCAUAACAACACAAAUCGUCCCUCCGAUUUUACACAUCAGCUGCCUCUCACGGUACAUUGGUCUGAAAUAUUAUAAACUCGGCUUUGGUUGUCACUUUGGAAUGUCCAAAAUCCCCUCGGAAAGUCACUCAAUACUUGAGCCUCGGAUUUACUGUCAUAGAAAUUAUCUUGUAUGUCCAAUGGGUCGUUUCAACUUUAUCGAAUCCGAGUGUUCUUGGAAUCAGUUCCCCGAAGAAAUAUCCGCAAUUGCCUUCAAUGUAGGUAAGCUCAACAAUGUUGACCCAAAGCCGCACAAAGAUAAUGAAGAUUAUAAAAAUCAAAUUUCUCACGAGCAUUUCAGUUAUGAGUAUUCGAGAGGUCUCGUUCAAGAUCCUGAUAAACUUGUAGGAAUGAAUUUCUUCUCUGAAAGCUGUCAGGGCGCAAAAUUUUCAAAGCGUGCGGCAAAGGUUUACCUGGAUUCUUUUUCCGACUACAUCUCCAAACAAGGCCCCAGAGAUUUUCGAUUUACACCCUUCAUCGAUGACUCGAAACGUCGAGGCUUAGAUAUAGAUACAGAUGCACAUUUCAGCUUCGAUAGUUUGUUGGGGCAUGCUGCAUUUACCAACCGUGUAAAUGAAGAUGGUCCAGACGAUUGGUACAACCUUUGGGGAGAAUGGCUUCAAGAUGGGGGGUUGACAUGGCUAAAAGAUGGGGGGCCAAAACCUAUUGGGAUCCAAUAUGAUAACCCUACAGUAUAUGAUCUGGAUAGAUAUGACUAUUAUGUAGUACCUUGGAUGGAAGAGGAAUUUAUAAAUCGUGGUGUUCCCAACAUUGGAACGAAUUCUGAAUUUUGGGUUCCGGGAGUCCCUGAGGUUCGUUAUAUGAAACUCGAAAUUCAUGGUUAG